CAGGCUGCUAGCGAUCCGGAUUUGGCCGUUAUCAUCGGGUGGAAACGGAGAUGUAGAUGGCGUGCCUGGCUCAGUUCGAAAACAGAAGUUGAUCGUUCGAAAUCGCGAGAGCCGUGAGUCGAGCUGGGAAUGGAGACAUUUUAUCACAGCCCGACUAUACCGAUUAUCACCGUCCAUCUCUCCUUUUACCCGUCCCCAGGCGCACUCUUCCGCCUGCCCUCUAUAUAUACCCACCAUGACUCGUCCCCUCGCCCUCGCCCCGGUCCUCCGUUCACUAGAUAACACUCCUUCCCACCGUCUCGCCUUAUCACAGCUCCUUUCACGCCCCCAAGAGAAGGCAGCCUGCACAAGAGCAUAUAACACCACCACCGCCCCUCGCAUUCCCACCACGCUUUCACACCACUCUCGCACAAUGCCCAUCGCUCUUCCCAGCCGCUCGCUUUCUUCGGCCGCAGACAGUCAGCCUAUCAAGGCGAGGUCUGCAUCUCCCCACCCCACUACCACUCCCGAGCAGAAUCUCCUUCGUCUCAAGGCCCACCUCCAGAACCUGCCGACUCCUCUUCUCAAAAAUGUCCACCUCGCCAAAAUCCGACGAAGCGAUCCCAAUGCAUUCUUCUCGCUGAUGCGUGACGAGCUCAUCGACUACGCUCCCAUCGUCUACACUCCCACUGUCGGCGAGGUUUGCCAGAAGUAUUCUCAAAUCUACGAUGGACCCGAAGGCUUGUACCUCAGUAUCGAAGACAAGGACCGCAUCCCCGAGAUCCUCCGUGAAUACGCCUCAAACCUCUCCAACACGCCCCAAAUCCUCGUGGUUACCGAUGGUUCUCGUAUCCUUGGACUGGGAGAUCUCGGAAUCGGAGGAAUGGGAAUCAGUGUCGGAAAGCUAAACUUGUAUGUUGCUGGUGGUGGUGUGAAUCCGCAUGGCUGUCUGCCUGUCGUCCUCGACAUGGGCACAAAUACAGAGUCCAUCCGAGAUGACCCACUGUAUAUUGGUCUCCGACGCCCUCGUGCCACCCUCGAGGAAGCUACCGAGUUCAUGGACGCCUUCAUGGCUGCCGCUUCCGAGGCGUUCCCCAAGGCUGUCAUUCAACAUGAGGACUUUUACUCUGAAGCCGCUUUCGGCUUCCUGGAAAGGUACAAGGAGGACUACCGAAUGUUCAACGAUGACAUUGAGGGUACCGGCUCUGUCAUUCUCGCUGGGUUCCUGGCCGCUGCCAAGCAGGCUAGUGAGGCUUCCGGCAAAUCCUUGAAGGACCACAGGAUCGUCUUCCUGGGUGGUGGUUCUGCUGCUGUUGGUGUCGCCAAAGAGAUGAUGAACUUUUUCAGGAUGCAAGGAUUGACCGAGGAUGAGGCCAGAGAAAGGUUCUGGCUCAUCGACACCAAGGGUCUCAUCACCUCUACCCGCCCCGACGUCGUCUCUGGCAAGGUCGCUUCCCACAAGAAGUACUUUAUCCGAAACGACACUGAAGGCAAAGAGUACCCGUCCCUCGAGUCCGUCAUCGAGUACGUCAAGCCCACCGCCCUCGUCGGUCUCUCCACCACCUUUGGCGCCUUCUCCGAGCCCGCCGUCCGCCGCAUGGCCGAGCUCAACGAAACACCCAUCAUCUUCCCUCUCUCCAACCCCACCAGCAAGUGCGAGCUUUCCUUCUCUGACGCCCUCGAAUGGACCGACGGCAGGGUGCUCUUUGCUUCUGGGUCUCCUUACCCCUCGCAAGAGUUUGGCGGCAAGUUCCGUGAGCCUGGACAGGGAAACAACUUCCUCGUCUUCCCUGGUAUUGGCUUUGGUGCCCUCCAGGCUGGGGCUACGAGGAUCACGAAUGGCAUGAUCACUGCCUCUGCCAUCUCGCUCUCCGAGGCGCUCAAUGCCGAGGAGAAGGCGAGAGGGUUGCUCUACCCCAGGCUCGACAGGAUCAGGGAAGUCAGCGCGAGGGUUUCCGCAGGUGUUGUCAAGCGAGCACAGGAGGAUGGCGUUGACACCAACACUGAGUUGAGAGGUCUGGAUAUUGACGCUCUCACGGAAAAGAUGAAGAGUGCUCAGUGGUGGCCCCGAAUGUAGCUUACCAUGUUGACUCUGGAUGUGUAAAAAAAGCCCAGCCAUAACACCUAUGGAGGCUUCUGGUUGCCAGACCGGUUUACGAUAAUUCAUGUAUAACGUACACUAUCACUGUGAAGCCGAUGAUAGACCACUGGCAAGCAACAACUGAACAAGCCUUUCUUGAACCACUGUCAUGCCCUUACACUAUACUCGUCUCGCACGCCAGGCUUUAUAAUUUGACGCAGCACAUCGCUAGCGCUAGAUAUUAUACAUGCUC